GCCAAAGUGGGAUGGCAACAGCCGCGCUCGGCCUCCCAUGCAUUCUUACCUCGAUCGUCCAGUGCUUGCAGCUGCCUCGUGACGCUCUCGCCUUCCUCAUGGCGCUGCCACGUACCUCGCUGGACACGCCACUGGCGGCGGUGCUGGUGCUGCUGACGCAACCCGGGCCGUUCGCCCACAUGUGGCCUACGCUCAACCUCGACGACUUUGACUGGCGCGACGCAGCGUUGGCUCGCGCUGCACUCCCAGUGCUCGUCUCGCAUGUCAUUGGCCGCGGGACCUUUUGCGAUUUCCUGCGUCGCUGCACGCGCCUCCAGAACGUCGAGUUUGACGCGUGCAUGACGCUCUUGCGACCAUGGCUCUGCAGCGGGUAUGCCCGACGCAUCGAGUUCCUAGGCGUCCCCACCACGGACGUGCGUGGCCUCGCGCGGCUGCUCGCGACCACGGCAUCGCUGCAAGGCCUGUGGAUUGACAACGCUCUCCUCGACACCUUUGUCGCUCUUCAGCUGCCACUGCAUCAGCUGACAGAGAUCCAUCUGCACUGCUCGCUCGUGUCUCUGAAGCUCUGCUGCGACGCGGACGUCUCGCAUCUCUUUGGCCUUUUGAAAUGCAUGCCAGCCCUGCGUCAUCUCUCGUCUACGGCGGGGGACCUCGGGGAUACGCUAACUGACACGUCGCAGUGGCCGCACCUCGAGACGUUUGGCUUGCACGUCUGCGUCUUGACACCAAGAGCGUUCGAUGCCGUGCUGUCGUAUCUCGGCCGCGUCAACGGUCUCCAGCAGCUCACACUGAGCUGCAUUGAACUGCAGGGCGGCCGGUUUGCUGCCAUUAGUCGCUGCCUCGAGCGACUAAUUGCGAAUGGACUGACUCAAGUGAGCUUUUACAACACGGCCCUCGGCGACGCGAGCGCUGCUUGCAUCGCGGAUGUGCUCUACCAGAGCCGCAAUGCGUCGCCACUAGUCUGGAACGUCGAAGACAACUGCUUUACCUUCCACGGGAUCUAUACGCUGCUCAACGUGCUCCGGGCCUUCGACGAUGACAUUGACGAUUUCCUGGAGGCCCAUGGCAUGACGGGCAGCUUGGACGCCGAGCCCUACAUGCUCUGUAGCCCGACACAGAUCACGUCAUAA